UUUUGUUUUGUUAGACGGCGAGGAUAGGCAGAAAGAAACAGUAACGUGACUCAAACUCCUAUAAUACGAAGACGAAUAAAUAUUUCUUAAGUCAAACGUUAUUCCGUAAAAAAUAAACUCAUCAUUUUGGAAAGAAAGGUGAAAGGACGAGGACAUUAUUGAGCAAAAUUGGUUUAAAAAUUGAUAUUAAACCGUAAUUUUUACGUGUUUCUCUAUUAAUUAAGUCGUUCGCGAGCUAAUAAACUCGUACGUGUCACAUUGCCAAUUGCGUGACAAAAUUGCAAUCUUUACGACAAUGGAACGAACCGGAUCGCAGGAAGAUUUGAUCUUCGGAAUCCCUGGAACUUCUCGUUGGAGCGAUUGGAGAAGUUGGUCGCGGCGACAGAAAUGCUUCGUGGCGUCGUCCGUCGUCUUUUCCGUCGCCAUCUUGACCGCCGUCAUCAUCGUGGUCGUCACCUACAGCUCGUCCAGUACCGUGAUUCCUACCCCGACACCAACAACUACGAUUCCAACAACUACGACCACGACCCCCACCACGACAACUACUCCGACAACUACGACACCAACUACCACAACCUCUCCGACGACAACUACAACGCCAACUACGACCACCACUCCGACAACUACAACGCCAACUACCACGACCAGUCCAACAACUACGACCACCCCGACAACUACAACUCCAACUACGACCACCUCCCCCACCACGACUACCUCCCCCACAACUACGACGCCCACGACCACCACGUCGCCCACAACUUCUCUUCCCCCCACGACUCACGCUCCUUUCCACCCAUCAACCAUCAAGCCAUUCCCAUCUGACUGGAUCAACAAGCCGCCGCACAACCUGCUCACGGAGGAAGGCCUGCACCCCGUGGAAGCCAGCAUUCCCUGCGUCCCCACAACCCCCCCAGUCUUCCGGGUGGCCGUCACCGUCACCGACCCAAGCGUCAAUUUCACAUGGUUUGGUGAAGGGAACAAGAAGAAGGCGGCCACCACGAACGCGUACAGACUGGCGGUGGAGGACAUUUUCAACGUCAAGUACUCCGGACCCCUGCCAGUUCCCACACACCCCUGCCAACCCUUCCCCAACUCCACGGACACAACGGAUUUCUAAACAUUCGUUUCAUUUCUUAUUACUAUUUCGUCACGAUAUCAAUUUACAUACUAAAAAUAUGUAAAUAAGUAGUAGUAGAAUAUAAUAGACUUGGUGUAACAUGACAAUUUUGACAAUACAUGCGACAUGCACACAUAAAUAUGUACCUUAUCGUACCUUUCAUAUUAAUUGUUACGCAGUGGACAAACAAAAUCUCAAUUAAUAAAAAUCUCAUUUUUAUCUAUAAAAUAAUCAAAA